CACAUUUUCCAAAGAUAGCCAUCAGACUGUGUUGGAGUCUUUGCCAGGCCGACUCUGGCAAGACAUCAUUUGACAUUCUCUAAAGUUUCACCGGCACAAAAAUCCUCUAAAAAGUUUAGAAAACCAAAGUAUUGAAAUUGAAGAUGCGCCUUAAAUAUGCUUAUAAUAUUUCCCCUGGCAACAGUUACAAAAAACAACUCAACAAAUAUUAAAAUGAACGGUCUAAGAACUUUGUUUGAUCAGUGGUCACGCCCUGAAACUGGGAGUAAAUGUAUUAGUUAAUUCUGUCUGUUUGAGGAGUGACAGAGUGGAGGACAUGUAGAAAAAGAAUAUGUUUGCCUCUUUGUUCCAGAAAGAUCCGUCUUCCUGAUUGAGUAACAGAAGGUCAGAAAGACCGAAUGUCCGCACGCCGCAUCUAUCGAUUUGACUCAGAGACUGUCCUCAGUUUGGUGUAAUUGGAUCUGAUAGGGACGAAAAGAAACAGCCAGACGAGGCAGAAAGACAAAACCAGGAUUGCAGAGAUGUUUAUUCACAAAACAGAUGCUCAGAUUUUAUGUAAUUCAGCAGAAAACACUAAAAAGCAAAACCUUUGGAUUUGAGUUGACCAGAGUUUUAGCAGACAUUCCCUGUUUGUCCAUCUGAACAGGUGCUGCUAGAGUCCCAGAGCAACUCCCAGGCUCCAUGGCCAGCAACAGUACUCCUAAGGGCUGCGGCCCAAACGUGGAUUCCAUUUAUUACAAUCUGUGUAGCACUGAAGCUGCAUGGGGCAUUGUGCUGGAGGCCUUAGCGGCAGCUGGCAUCGUCUUCUCCUUCGUGCUCUUCAUCUCGCUGCUGGCCAGCCUGCCCUUCCAUAAAGACUACAACCGCAAGAGCUCGGUAGCUCUUCACGCCUUCUUCCUGAUCUGCACUGCUGGUCUCUUCUGCCUAACCUUUGCCUUCAUCGUGGGAGAGAACUUCUCCACAUGUGCUUCACGGAGGUUCCUCUUUGGGGUGCUGUUCAGCGGCUGCUUCGCCUCCCAGCUGAUGCAGUGUGUGAGGCUGAACAUCCUGGCCAGACGAAACAGCGGGCCUCGAGUUUGGGUCUUGUGUCUUGGGGCGUUGGGGCUGUGGCUGGUGGAGGUGAUCAUCAACACAGAAUGGCUGAUAAUUACAAUUGUGCCUUCCAACACCACAGCUCAAACUAGCAAAGCUAUAGCCGUGCCUUGUGACAUUGCUAACGAGGACUUUGUCAUGGCGCUCAUCUACGUGAUGGUUCUGAUCCUGGCUGUGGUGGUGGCGAGUCUGACCAUCAUGAUGGGCAAACACGCACAGUGGAAGAAGGAAGGCGCUUGCAUCCUUGUGACAAGCCUCUUUUCAGUGGGUAUUUGGGUGGCGUGGAUCGUGAUGUACGUGUAUGGGAAUGGGAAAACCGGGGGUCCAACAUGGGAUGACCCAACCUUAGCCAUCGCUUUGGUAGCAAACGCCUGGGUCUUCAUUAUCAUGUACACCAUUCCUGACGUCUGCUGUCUGAACAGUGACGAUGAGAGUCAACAAGACUACACAGAAGAUCUUUGCCAAAACCAAGGAGUUGGAUACGAGACGAUCCUGAAGGGACAAUCCUCCCAGAAUGUGUAUGUGGAAAAUAAGGCUUUCUCCAUGGACGAGUCCAACCAAGAUUCCAAGCCCGUGUCUCCAUACAGCGGCUACACCGGUCAGAUGCGUAACUCGGUGUACCAGCCCACUGAGCUGGCUCUCAUCAGCAAAGGAGUUGGAAAUCAGCAGCUACCAGACCCGUCCUUUGACAUCUUCAUUCCCAGAGCUUCCAUUGGCUCUGCGGCCAACAGCGGGAGCAGCACACCGCCAACAUAAAAGGAGACCGGGAACACAGCACGCACACACAAGUGGGCAUGGUCUGCAGAGGACAUCCCAGUGGUGAACGUGCCUCAGCUCGCCAGACCCCAUCAGAGUAACUUCGGUUCACAUUUUCUCGGUUAUACUUGCUGACCUUUUGUUUUCUAUUGUUUGUGGUUCCCUAAGCUGGUCCUAAGAGGAACCUUCAUCCCCAGUACAUGGAGAUGAAUGGGAGGUCAUCCCACUGAGGAACAGAUAAACCUCCCAUUGACUGAUUUAUUAUGUUCCCCUGGGUAUCAGACAGUCAAGAGCUUCAUUUGAAAGUCAAAGCACGGAAUGAAGCUGCGGCUUUGCUGCAGAACAAAAACUUGUGCAGUGGUCGGCUUUUUCUGACAGGGAAGCGCGAGCUCUCUGCUGGACCCAAACACACAGAUGAAAGUCACGUAACUGAUGCCACAAAAACUGGGAAAUGUUUCAAGUGUCUUUGACUCAACAUUAUUUUCAAUUUACGCAUUAAAGUUAGAUUGCAUUCACUUAGAUUAGAAGGAUAUUUUGCACAGUUAAAUGUAAUUAUUGAUGUCAUGUUUUUGAGCCCGGGUUGUGAUUAUUGUUGAUAACCACAAAGUUAACACAUGAAAUGAAGUUUUUGAAUUAAUUUAAAUGUACAACGCUCUCAGUGAGUCAUGAUGCACGAAUGUACUGGAUAAAUGUAUAUAUGUAAUACUGUCUAAAGCACUGCUGUGCCAUUUAAUUAUGUUCAAUACAUGUUAUACUGGAGAGACCUGCCUGUGGUUAGCCUGUUUUGCUAGCUUAUUAUUAAUCAGUAUAUUUCCUCAUAGAAGACUUUUUUUCAUUUCUGAAAAAUCAACUUUUCUGUCAGUAUUUCUUUGGAUAAAAUAAAAAAAAUUCUAUUUCAUUUGAGCAAAAACUGAAAAAAUAAAUUAUAUAUAAUUUUUUUUUAAAUUCUUGAAGGAAGUUUAUCAUAGAGUUGAAUGUUGUAAAUGUAACUAUAAGAACUGCUAUUGUAUGAGCAAAAUUGGUACUGCCAGCAGAGAGGGGACGUUAUUUAACUAUGUGGGUGUUAAUGACCAGAAUCUGCCAUUAUGUCUUUUACAUUUUAGCUUUCAGUUACCUUUACUAAUAGUCUUAUGCAUUCUUUUGUUGUACAGUAGUCGUCCUAUAAAUGUCAUAUACCAUAAAGUGAACUCUACUCCACUGAAA